UUCUCUUCUUCUCUUCUUCUCUUCUUCUCUUCUUCUCUUCUUCUCUUCUUCUCUUCUUCUCUUCUUCUCUUCUUCUCUUCUUUCCCCUCUCUGCUCUCGUCUUGAACUCCUCCACUUGACCUCUUCUCCCUCUUCAUUAACAUGUUUACUAUUAUUAAAUAUUUUAAUUCAUCCGUAUCAUCAAUUCGUUCACUUCAUUCAAUUGUUUUCUUCAUCGGGCAUUGAUAAUUUGUUAUCGCAUAUCGAUACGCUAUCAUAGCUACCCAAAUUAUCUAGAUUCCUCCUUGGAGAUGGCUACAAAAUACAAAAUACCAACAGUGGAAUCAAUCAUCGAAGAUCCCGAAGAUGAAUCAAGGGACGAUGUAAGGGGUACUGAAAGAGAAUUCCAGAGCAGCAUAACUCGUCGUCAACAUCGAUCAAUUCACGAUUCCACAAUGUUUUCUUCACCCACAAAAGCAAAUACGAGUAGGGAAAGAGAUAGAUCAAGAAGGUUGCAUAAAUCUACUUCCAGUGGCAACAGACAUUCUGCAUCAAAACCAAAACCUAAGCAUACAAAUGCGAAGCGCGCAAGUGGAUCAUCUUCAAAAGGAAAUGAAAUGGAGGGGCAACGUCUUCGCCAAAGGCCCGUACAACGGAACCGAGAUUCAAGUUCAUCAUCGUCGUCAUCGUCAAGCUCUUCGGAUGAAAAUGAGAAUAUCCCUAAUCACAAAUCGGUCCUUGCUGCUUCAAGAGCAAAAUUAACAUCACCAUCUAUGAUAUCCAAUCUAACAUCUGUGACUACAUCAACCAAUAAAUCUAGUAGCUCAAGUGGAAGUAACUCAACCGUAACUCAAGCUUCUAUUACAAAAGGUUUAUCCCUAGGAAAAGAAGCUCAGGCUAAAGAAGAGUCUUUCUCGCCAGCUGUACCAUCUCCUCCGAAUGUGUUCGCCUAUUUACAACAGGACUCCGAUGAAGAAGAUGAAGAAGUUGGGGAGGUCAAGGAAGAUGAAGCAGAGGGCAAAAAGGCGGAGACACAAGAAGAUACCUCUAAAUGGUUGAUUGACCAUGGCGAUAAAAGUUUCACCCCAGUAUCACGUCCACAUACUCCAGAGGAACAUCCAAGUGGUCCUUCAUCCGUCUCAAGUAGUCUUCACAGUGAUGAUUUCUCAGCACCAGAAGCCGAUAUCGACACAGAUAGGAGUACAUCACCAGAAAGAAGUGUGAAUGGUCGAGAAAAUCUACGAGUCACCACGAAUUCAAAAGAUGCCUCAGUCAAAUUAGCGUCUCAAAUGGCAGCUGCCAAUCAACGACAAAAUUAUUACGGAGCAGCUCCAUCAUUUGGAACACCAAAAACCCAUCAUCGCACAGACAGCAACCCACUCUCUCCCGCUGAUCUGGAGACACCUCGCAAUCCACAUCCACCCAAGCAUACACUCCAAUCUCAGAUUGAUCCGACUAUCACAGGCUAUGAACUCCUCGCUUCUCGCUUAUCAGCAUCUUCCCAUUCCGGUUCCGGCUCUGAUACAGUAGUGGAAGAUCGUAUCAAGCCCAUGUAUCGAAAAUUCGAAGCACUCAAUCAUCGUCUUCUCCUUCAUCUUCAAGAUGAAAUAAGCGAACUGGAAGAACAAUUGCAAAGAUUGGAUAAAGCCGAUACUGAAUCUAGAAGGUUACGACAUACUGGUAAUGGAAAUUUCGGGGUGGAUGUGAUUCCUGCAUCGAGAAGAGCAAGUGAACAAAUGGGUGGUGAUUUACAGUGGCACAAAAUGGAUGUUCUGGGGAGGAUCGGUUACAAAUUGGCUCAAUACAAUCAAACUCUAACCUCGUUCCACUCUCUUCAAUCACUUCCUCCCGCUACUCAACCGGAUAUUAGCCAUUAUCGAGAAUACCUUCAAACCGUCCGUCCCAUAACCGAAGUGGAAACUAGAUUCUUAGAUCCAAAAGUUGAGGAUGAUUUAGUUUCAGUUGCUUCUGCUUCUUCUGGUUUCAGAAGUCAAGGUCGUCAUCGAAAUGGAGAUCAAUUCAUUCGUCAUAAACGUUCAUUACCAUCAUCAAUAUCAGAUAGUAGUGAUGAUGAUCGUCCAAUUGAGAGAACACCCACCAGUAGCGCUGUCGACUCACCUCUUCAUCCACCACCUCAUUUAACGCAUGAUCAUCUUGGAGUGGGAAAUGCAAUAUCUCAUGCAGAAGAUUUCCCCACUUUGGCAUGUGCAAUAGCUCUCAGUAUCUUCAUACCGAUCCUGACUUUCGCAACCAUCCCAACAUUCCUAGGCAGAAUGACGGUGGUUUGCUUGGUCGGAUCGGGUAUUGUAGGAGCACUUGUACAAAGUGGAUUUAUUGGCCUAAAUGAUGUGAUUGAAAGUAUUAAGGGUUUGAAAGGUUCACAAAGACGAGAGGGAUUGGUUUGCGUGGGGGUUUACUUGGGGUGUAUGGGGGUGCUUGCAGGGGUUGUUGGGUAAUAAAUCCUUUUGUGUAUGUUCUGGAAGGCAUCAGGCCGUUGUGAUGCUAUACUGGAUCUCUUCUCGGUUAUUUUUCGCAUUCGAAUCUUUCGAUUUGCAUAACUACCUCUGGCCAACAAUUCUGCACGGGAAGAUAAGAGCUCUCCAUAGAUUGAGUUAUGAUGUGUCGAGGAAGUUUUAUUCGGUCAAGAUGUUUUUUCUGGAUUUCCUAUCGACUUUGCUUGGUCUAGUUUUGUUCAGUUCACUCGGUUCGCUUGGUUUGACCGGAUUUCACGUCUACAUGAUACCCUUUCUUCUACUUUAUCUCGGCCGGUUUUGGGAAUUGACGAUUUGGCGCUAUGGCUUUGAUUUAGUCACUCGGUUUCUCAGGUUUUCGGAUUUGUUCAUCUCUUUUCAUCUCUUCCCUUUUCAUCUCUUAUUUCUUCUCUCGUUUCUUUUGAAAUAGAAUUUCUUUAUUCGAUUAGCCUUUUUCAAGGAUCGAUAUAGGGAAUCCUAUUACGCAAUCAAUGAAAGAUUGUACUAUGCUAUGCUAGGGUAUCAGAAUACGUACGAUAGGGAGAUACUUAUGGUUGCGAUUACGGUUGUGUUUGUGGCUGUAAUGGAGUUCUUGUAUUGUAUUCUAUGGUGUAUUCAUAUGUAUGCGUUUUUUGAUGGAUGGGGUUUCUGGAGGUGGAAUCUUUGUGGGGAAUUUGUUCAAGGGAUUUGUAUGAUGGAUGGAUAUGAACAUGAAUAGGAGGAGGAGGAGGAGUAUGAGUAUGAGUAUGAGUAUGAAUAUGAAGAAGAGGAGGAGGAGUAUUAGUAUAAGUAUUAUGUAUUUGGAAUUUUGACAAUGGGCAUUAGGGAAUUGGGAAAUGUGGACUUGAGAUUUGAGAUUUUGAUUUUGGAUUGGAGAUUGGAAAUUGGAAAUUUAGGAUCUCAGAUUGGAAAUAAGGAUUGGAAAUUUCUUGUAUAUGUAUGCAUAUCUAUAUGUGUUUAUGUAUACCUAUCUACAUAAGAUUCUACAAUGACUUUUGGAAAGAGAUGAUAUAGAAUGAAAAUGAAAAUGAAAAUGAAAAU